AUGGCUUCAAUUGAAGAAAUUCUCGCUGACGACGCCAAACUCACAGAAGUAACCAAGGCAGUCUUUGACCAAGUAGAUGCUGAUCAAUCAGGCACAAUCGAUAAAAGAGAGCUCAAGAAUGCUAUGCAGCAAGUUGCCCGUGAAGCUAAUAUUGAGCCACCAACUGACCACGCUGUUGACCAAGCUCUUCACGCUCUUGACGCUGAUGGAAGUGGAACAAUCGAUGUCAAUGAAUUCAAGGUCCUCAUCAGACAACUCUUGGAAGCCUUAAAAUAA